AUGUCGAACUAUCACAACCAAACUCAAAUCAGCCCUGACUCUCACGUCUCUGACCCAGCCUAUAACAACUACUAUGGUCCAUCUACUCAGAACCCAAACACCUGGAACUACGGUCAACCAGUUCCGCGUACUCAAGCAACCGUGAACCCCAACUCUGGUCUCAUCAACCCUAGCAACCCUGGUUUUGUCUACCCUGGUUAUCUGACCUAUUACACUGCCGGUGCACAAGUCAACCCUGGUCCAGCUCUCACCAAUCCUGCGCCUAACCCAAACCAAAGUUUGACUGGCGGUCAAGUCAACCCUGGGCCAGCUCUCCCCAAUCACAUCAGCUCAUCAGCACCCUCCGAGUCUCAAGCUAGCAAAACUUCACAUCGAAAACGGAAAGAUCAAAACAAACAAACCGAGUUGCACGCCACAUCAAGCAAGGAUUCCAAUUUGGUCAACGCAAUCCUUCAACUUCACAAAGAAAUCAAAACUCUGAAGGCUAUCAAAGCACUCAAGCUUGGUACCACAGUUUCAUACAUAGACCAAGUCUUUGGUAAGUACAUUGCAGUUCAUCAGCCAUUGGCUUGGAAUUACUUCCUCCGAUGUGAUGUGGCCAAGGCAAUCUUCAAAGCAGCUUCUGGAAUUAGUAAUGGGACUGCUAUGAAGAUACUCAGUCAAGAAUGGCGCAUGAUGGAUAAGAAGGACAAACAAGUUUAUAAAGACCUUGCAAAGGCGGGGGGAAGUCUUUGUAGUGAUGUACAAGUUGAGCCAACUGAGACCGAUUUAGAGACCCUCGAAAAAGACCUCAAAGUCAUCAACGUGGGAUCCCAGUCUCGAUCCAAUAUAGUUCAACCUUGCACCAACAUUCUAGCCAAUCCUUGUUGCCUCAAACAGUACAAAAAUAAAGCCAAACAACUUUUAGAAGAGACUUCGAAUCACGUGAGUAUUUAA